UUUCCACUAGUAGAUCCAAAUAUUCAUUUGCAUCUUGAACCGUCAGAUCAAAAUCAACGGCUCACAUAAUUUACCUUUUCGUUCCCUUUUUCCUCUUCUCCUUUCCGCUAUUUCAAUUCAAAUCUCAUCAUUUUCCCUCUAACGGCUAUUUUUCUCUGUUCCUUUCUUCUUUCUUCCCUUUGUACAAACAAUGAAGCAUGCAGUACAACCACGAAGCACAAUCUUACGAGAGAAUUCCGAAGCAAUAACGCCGAGUCCUAUGAACAAACAAAAAUGGCUAACGCCACCGCCUUACCGGAAGAAUAAGUCGUCGGCAUCGAAAGAGAAUGCUCCUCCUCUUACUUCUUCAGAUCUGAAUUGUUCACCGGCUGUGGCUGUUACCGGUACUACUACUACGAAAAUGAUUAUGAAGAGUCCGUUGCCGCCGAGGCAUCCGAAUUCUAAUCCGUUGAAAAGGAAGCUCAGUGUUGAUAGCAUUGGUUCGGAGAACGGUGCUGGUGUUGCUGGAUCUUCUGACUCCGGAGUCAAAGUUAUAGUGAGGAUGAGGCCACCAACCAAGGACGAGGAAGAAGGUGAAAUUGUUGCCCAGAAGGUCUCUAAUGAUUCUUUGUCAAUAUCCAGACACAGUUUUACAUUUGACUCUAUCGCUGAUGCCCAAUCAACACAGCUAGAUAUAUUUCAGCUUGUGGGAGCACCUCUUGUUGAAAAUUGCCUCGCUGGGUUUAACAGCUCAGUAUUUGCUUAUGGGCAGACUGGUAGUGGAAAGACAUAUACAAUAUGGGGACCAGCCAACGCCUUGUUGGAUGAAAACUUGACAAGUGAUCAACAAGGCUUAACACCACGUGUUUUUCAACGACUUUUUGAACGAAUUAAGGAGGAACAAGUCAAGCAUUCUGAUAAGCAGCUUGUAUAUCAAUGUCGAUGCUCGUUUCUUGAGAUAUACAAUGAACAAAUCACCGAUCUGUUGGAUCCUAGUCAACGAAACCUUCAGAUCAGAGAGGAUGUGAGAACUGGUGUCUAUGUUGAUAAUUUGACCGAGGAAUGUGUUUCUACCAUGAAGGAUGUAGUAAAGCUUUUGAUGAAGGGCUUGUCAAACAGGAGAAUUGGUGCUACCAGCAUAAACGCUGAGAGUUCACGUUCUCACAGUGUAUUUACUUGCGUUGUCGAAUCGCAUUGCAAGAGAAUGGUCGAUGGCUUAAGCUGCGUAAAAGCGAGUAGGAUAAAUUUUGUUGAUCUUGCUGGAUCGGAAAGGCAAAAGCUAACUGGUGCAGCUGGAGAACGCCUGAAGGAAGCUGGGAACAUCAAUCGCUCCUUGUCACAGCUGGGGAACUUGAUAAACAUUCUGGCAGAAGUUUCCCAAACAGGAAAGCAUCGGCACAUUCCCUAUAGAGAUUCCAAGUUGACAUUUUUGUUACAGGAAUCUCUUGGCGGGAAUGCAAAACUUGCAAUGAUAUGUGCCAUUUCUCCAGCACAGAGUUGUAAGAGCGAGACACUCAGUACCCUGAGAUUUGCCCAGCGCGCAAAGGCAAUAAAGAAUAAAGCUGUUAUCAAUGAGGAAAUGCAAGAUGAUGUAAAUGUCUUGAGGGAAUAUAUACGACAGUUAAAGGAUGAGCUGAUAAGAGUGAAGGCCAAUGGCUCUCAAGGAGAUCAAAAUGGAAAUUAUUCUUCAGGUUGGAAUGCGCGUAGAAGCUUAAACCUUUUGAAAUUAAGCCUCAACCGUCCAAUGACAUUACCUCUUCUAGACGACGAUGGUGACACAGAAAUGGAGAUUGUUGAGGAAGCUGAACUAUUAGGUCUCCUGCCAGAAGGAGGAAGUAAAGAGGUUGGAAUCUUGCGAAAAAAUCUUUCCAAGAAUUCCUUGGUUGUUGGUCCUUCUGAAGGACGUAACGAGGAAACGCACAACACAUGCAAGGGAGAGGAAGGUUCUGAGGAUGCAGACGUUACUAUGGAGGAAGAGGUAUCCGAACAAGUUGUCCAACCUGAAGAUAAUUGCUCCAUGGCUAAAGAAUCAAUUCACCAAAGUUGUGAUAAAGAAAAUGUCAUGGCUGGUUUGAAGAAAUCCAUUUUGAAGCUUGAUAGUGAUUCUUCUCCGGAGCCCAUUGAAAUUGAGUGCCUUCCAUUGCUGGCCAUUAAUUUGCUCAAUCAAGGAGUAAAAGCGGAACUGGUAGAAGAAACAGCCUCAGAGCAAUGUGAAUGCUAUAAUGACAAAACUCCUGAAGGCUCUACUAAAUAUCCGGAGGGUGGUGCAGCCUGUACAAAUGAUACAUCUCCUAUUUUGAAAUCUCCCACUCCAAGUGUUUCACCAACAGUAAAUAGCAGUAGAAAAAGUCUAAGGACAUCAUCGAUGCUGAGUGAUUCUCAGAAGGAUCUUAGAGAGAGUAAGCUGGAUGUACCGCAUUUGUCCUUUGCAAAGCCUACGAUCAGUAUGUGUUUGGACUCUCAAACUAAUAAGAGAUGUAAACAUUGUUUUACAUCAACAGAACAUAUAGCUGCUAGUCUACAUAGGGGACUUGAAAUUAUAAGUAAUCGUCAGCAUACAUCUUUGAGGCGGUCCUCAUUCAGGUUUUCUUGCAAACCUGCUGAUCUUCGAGCAAUUAUUCCAGUUACUAAAGCAGACGUUGGGGUCCAAACGACUAUUAAAGAUGAUCAGUCAUUUGAAGGACGGUCAAAUUUCUUGUGUAGUAAAUGUAAGUUAAGGAAUUCCCAGCAAGAGGUUAUAGAUGCCAAUGAUGGCUCAAACAUGCAAUUGGUUUGUGUCGAGGAAUCACAGUUGGUACCUGCUGAUGGAUCACAGUCCUGCGAGAAGUUCAAGGUUCAAGUACCCAAAGCAGUAGAAAAGGUAUUGGCCGGAGCGAUACGGAGGGAGAUGGCACUGGAAGAAGUAUGUGCCAAGCAAACUUUGGAGAUCAUGCAACUCAACCGCUUGAUUCAACAAUACAAACAUGAGCGAGAAUGCAAUGCCAUUAUUGGCCAAACACGCGAGGAUAAGAUUGUUCGUCUUGAGAGCUUAAUGGAUGGAAUCCUACCGACAGAGGAGUUCAUGGAGGAUGAAUUAUUAUCACUCGCUCAUGAGCAUAAGCUUCUGAAGGAGAAAUAUGAGAAUAAUCCAGAAAUCUCAAGUGCGAAGAUUGAAUUAAGAAGAGUUCAAGAUGAGCUGGAACAGUAUCGAAACUUCUUUAACUUUGGUGAGAGGGAUGUUUUGAUGGAGGAGAUUCGGGAUUUGAGAAGCCAGCUCCAGUUUUAUGUAGAUUCUUCACCGAAGGCAUUCAAGAAAGGAAGUUCUCCUAUGCAAUUAGCUUAUCCAUGCGAGUCAAGUGAGCCUUCGCCUUUAUCAACUAUUCCAGAGUCAACAGAGGAGAGUGCUGAACAGCGACUUGAAAAGGAGAGGAUUCUAUGGACACAAACAGAGAGCAAAUGGAUUUCUCUUGUAGAAGAAUUGAGGUUAGACUUAGAAGCUAGCCGCGGCAUGGCCGAAAAGCAUAGACAAGAACUAGAUUUGGAGAAGGAGUGCUCGGAAGAGCUGAAAGAAGCAAUGCAGAUGGCAAUGCAGGGACAUGCACGCAUGCUUGAACAAUAUGCUGAACUUGAAGAGAAGCAUAUGCAAUUGCUUAUAAGGCAUAGGAAGAUCCAAGAUGGUAUAGAGGAUGUAAAAAAUGCAGCUGCAAAGGCAGGAGUGAGGGGUGCUGAAUCUAAAUUUAUCAAUGCUCUUGCUGCAGAAAUUUCAGCUCUAAAAGUAGAAAGGGAAAAGGAGAGGCGCUAUUAUAGGGAUGAGAAUAAGGGGCUUCAGGCGCAACUGAGAGAUACUGCUGAAGCUGUACAAGCAGCUGGUGAAUUGCUUGUGCGGCUUAAAGAGGCUGAAGAAGCUACCGCAGCUGCUGAGAAACGAGCGAUUGAGGCAGAACAAGAAGCUAACAAGGCUUACAAACAGAUUGAUAAACUGAAGAAAAAACAUGAAAAGGAGAUCAACAAGUUGAAUCAGUUACUCGAAGAAUCCCUCCAUCCUGAAGAAAGAUCCGAGACAACAACGUAUGAUGCAAGAGAGAUGAAUAAUGAAGGUGAUCCGCAGCACACGCAGCGCAGAGAAGAGUUCGAGUCAUUUUACAACAGAGAAGAAGAGGUGGAGGACUUGUCAAACUUAGUAGAGCCCUCUUGGUUUUCGGGAUACGAUAGGUGCAACAUAUAGACUAGGAAAUGUGUGAUGUAAAAAGGUGGUGGUGUUUGUUGUAUGUACCUAUAAUAAUACUGUGUUUACAUAGUUUUGGUAAGGUGUAGCUUUUCACCAAUUGUGGAAGGAACAACUUAAUCAAUCCAUCAAGUUCUUUGUAUUCAAUUCCUACAAUUGAUCAAUAGGCAUGAUGAAAAGAGUGAUUGUUUUUUUUUUGUCCAA